AAUACACUGAUACGGUUAGUUGCGAAAGUACAAGGUUCACAUAAAUUAAUUUUGUUCCUAUUGUGAUACGUGUGUAAAUUACGUACGCUGAACAAGAUACAAGCCCAAUCUCAAAGGUAAAAAUAUGAAAUUCGUAGACGUUGAAGAUGAGUACAAGAGAAAUAAAGAUUUGCACGUGGACGACGUGAAAUCCCUUCAAGGGUGGAUUCAGAAGCAACCGCACCUUCCGCCGUUGUCUGAUCUACAGUUGGCGAUUUUCCUCCAUAGCUGUUAUUGGAGCAUGGAGCAGACCAAGUGCGCGAUUGAAAAGUUUCUGACCUACAGAGGCGCGUGGUCCGAUUUCUUUGCCAAUCGAAAUCCAAACGAUCCGACAGUGAGAAGCCACAUGGCAGUGUCACUGUGCACCUUUCUUCCUAACCCUACGCCGGAAAACCACAAGAUCUUCUUCUACAAGCUUAUGAAUACGGACCUGGAUAGGUUUUCGGCAAGGGAGGAAUUUAAACUUAUCGAUAUGUGUAUCACGUUAGAGCUGAUGCAGAAAGGUACGUCCGAUGGUUGUGUAUUAGUGUUUAACAUGAAGGAUGCUACCGUCGGGCACGUUUUGAAGAUCGAUAUCACAACGGCCAGAAGGAUUAUGUUGUACGUGCAGGAGGCGUUACCUGUCAGACUCUCAGGCAUUCACGUCAUAACGAUGGCUGGCGUUGUUAAACUGUUCAUGCCACUCAUUAUGCCCUUCCUGAAGAAAGAGCUCGCGAGUUUGUUGCAUUUUCACGAUUCAUACGAAUCUUUGUGCAAGUUUCUACCACGAGAAGUACUUCCUGCUGAUGUAGGAGGCGAAGGCCCCACUACCAAGGAGUUGUACGAAAACAUGCACAAGUCGUACGCUGAAUACGCGGAUUUCUUCGUGGAACAAGAAAGUCUCGUUUCAAACGAAAGUCUACGUGAUCAACGGCCAUCCUACAUGGAUGAGGAUUUAGGAAUCGGUAUAGGUGGAUCGUUCAAGAAGCUCGACAUUGAUUAAAACAUAGUGCGCUAUGGAGGAAGCUUCGCUGCUCCAUUGAAACAGCCUUUUACAAUUAAGAACAAAAUAAAUGCGUUUACUUUCACAAU